GCAUAGCAUAGUCUUAGAUAUCAUAGUUUAUAAACAGCUUUUAAAAUUAAAAGGGCUUGUUCCAGUCAUAAUGAUAUGUCAGCGCUGCCAGAAAUCACUUCGUAGCUGCGAGGGUAUCAAAUGCGGGAAGUGCGACUCGGGUUUCCAUCUACAAUGCGUCAGCGCCCGUACUAAUAUGGAACUGGAUUCUGGUGAUAAGGCAUUUCACUGGGUUUGUGCCACAUGCCGGAACCCUGUGAGCGGUACCAAACUCGAACUCGAUGACCCACGCGCUCUUUUGAAAGCCAUUAACGCCAUCACGGAGAAAUUCGAACUGGUCAAUAAAAUACAGCUACCAAAACUAAACAACGAUUUGUUACAGAUAAAAACUGUAACGGAACGAAUUGUUAAACAAAAUGAAGACAUACUGUUGAAAAUUGAGGAGUUGAAAGGUAAAAAACGUGGGGAUCAGUCGCAGUGUAGUCCACGAAGUAACUAUCGGCGGAGGAAUGUGAAUUUUUCUCCUAGAGUAACCUGUGAGGAACAGGCACCUAUAUUGGGCACUGAGAAAUUUGUAAGGUAUAGGACGCGCAGACGAGCAUACCCUCUGCUGAAGAUGCUGCUUCAAUUAAACAGAAAGUUACGUAGAGGAAGAACACCGAGAAGACAGUAA